AUGAAUGUACUGUUGAAAUUUUUCGCAUCACUUAGUUAUGGAAUUAUCUAUGUUUAUGCAAACGAAUUAUUUCCUACCCGAAUACGAAAUACGGGAAUGGGCAUGUGUUCAAUGGUUGCACGGAUUGGAGCAAUAGUAGGAACAACCAGUAAUGAUAUGUUGGCUCGUCUUUGGGUCAAUCUUCCUACUGUGUUGUUCGGUAUUCUAUCACUUGUGGCAGCUCUUCUCGUUCUCAUGCUACCGGAAACAUUAAAUAAAACACUUCCACAAACAAUUGAAGACACAGAACAAAUGGGUUUGGUUUGCAUCCGCAUUCGUGAUGCUCGACGAAGUCCAAAAACAAGACGGAAAGCUUGUAUCGAAAAUGAUCAGAAUACAAAUGAAGACCUACUAUUAAGUGAACAAUUGAAAGUAACUGAUCAACUUUAG